GGGGCCCGCUGCUGCUGCUGCCGCCGAGGCUGGGCUGAGCAGCGGCAGGAGCGCUGGGGCCUUGGACACGUCGAGCGGCGGGAGGAAGGGGGAGAGGAGCCCGGGAGGGGAGCGCGGAGACGCCGGCGGCCCCAGAGCGCCCGGCCCGCUGGGCGAAAGAGAAGGAGCCUCCGAGCAGAGCAAGCCGCGCACGGGGUAAAGCGGAGAGAGAGAGAAAGAGGAGCAGCCGCCGCCGCCGCCGCCGAGACAAAGAGCGGAGCCCGCCGGGGAGAGCAGCCUUCUCCUUGCCGCCUCCUCCUCUUCCUCCUGCCAUUAUUAAUCCUUGGCCCGGGGAGCCCCGACGCGCCCGGAGGAGCGGACCACCGGCGGGUCUCCCCUUCCUACCGCCAGCCAGAACCUUCUCGCAAGCGUAACUUUGCUCAAGAGUCUUAACUUUCUGUGUCUGGAUCCUGAAUUGUGCCAAAGAGGGACUCCAUGAAAGAUGACAGAAGAAGUUAUUGUUAUAGCAAAGUGGGAUUACACUGCACAACAGGACCAAGAACUCGACAUAAAGAAGAAUGAACGCCUCUGGCUGUUAGAUGAUUCCAAAACAUGGUGGAGGGUAAGGAACGCAGCCAACAAAACAGGAUAUGUGCCAUCCAAUUAUGUUGAGAGGAAGAACAGCUUGAAGAAGGGUUCCUUGGUUAAAAACCUGAAAGACACAUUGGGUUUGGGGAAAACAAAGCGGAAGACAAGUGCCAGAGACGCCUCACCGACCCCUAGUACCGAUGCAGAAUACCCAUCUAACGGUAGCAACACCGAUCGGAUUUAUGAUCUGAACAUCCCUGCAUAUGUUAAGUUUGCCUAUGUAGCAGAAAGGGAAGAUGAACUAUCUCUCGUGAAAGGAUCCCGAGUCAUUGUUAUGGAAAAGUGCAGCGAUGGCUGGUGGAGAGGGAGUUACAACGGACAAAUUGGAUGGUUUCCUUCAAACUACGUGGUAGAAGAAGUCGAGGAAGCGACUGCCGAUUCGCCGAGUUUUCUCAGCUUGAGGAAGGGAGCCUCCAUGAGCAAUGGCCAGGCCAUGAAAGUACUUCACGUUGUUCAGACAUUGUACCCGUUCAGUUCUGUCACGGAAGAAGAGCUCAACUUCGAGAAAGGCGAAACCAUGGAAGUCAUAGAGAAACCUGAGAAUGAUCCGGAAUGGUGGAAAUGUAAAAAUUCCCGAGGGCAAAUUGGCCUCGUUCCGAAAAACUAUGUAGUAAUCUUAAGCGAUGGCCCUACAAGUAACAGUUCCCACCCACCUCCGAUAAGCUACACGGGGCCCGCUACUACGGGACGGUUUGCAGGAAGAGAAUGGUAUUAUGGGAAUGUUACUCGACAUCAGGCAGAAUGUGCUCUAAAUGAACGGGGAGCGGAAGGGGACUUCCUUGUCAGAGACAGCGAAUCUUCGCCCAGUGACUUUUCAGUGUCUCUAAAGGCGUCGGGGAAGAAUAAACAUUUCAAGGUGCAGCUGGUGGACAGUGUCUAUUGCAUUGGGCAGCGUCGAUUUAAUACUAUGGAUGAGUUGGUGGAACACUACAAAAAGGCUCCUAUCUUCACCAGUGAACAUGGGGAAAAGUUAUAUCUUGUGAAAGCACUUCAGUGACGUUGAAGAUGGACUUAGGCCUGUUGGGGGGCCUCUUAUAACUUACAAGCCUUAGGUCCUAAAUUCACUUUUAUAGAGCAGAGCAGUCCAGUCUGAGACAGUCUUCAGAGAAUGACCUCUUUCUAAAGUAUUGGCUCUGUUGAUUAUAUUCUUUCUCUUUUGUUUCCCCACCCCACCCCAUUUUUUCUCUCUCUCUUUUUUUCUUGCUUACUUGGUCUUUUUUUUUUCCUCUCUGGAAAAUUUGGUUGCUUCAUGUUUCCCUCAGGUUGAAAAUAUCACUUAAGUGACCAUUCUUCCCUAGGUUCUAAGCUCAGCUCUUCUGUGUACGUUUACAUAGUUAGUUCACAUAAACAAGGGUUUUUUUCUCAAUUGAAAACAGUGUUAACUUGUUCAGAUAGCUCACGCUGGCAGAACACAUCAUUAAGAGGCUGGGCACAGUUUGAAUGCACUGAACCUGCAGCUAACUAAGUGAAAUAUAGUAGACAUAACAAUUGUGGCUGUGAGUUCUGUAGCUAUUUUGCUUACCAAGUAGUAUACUCCAGAAAUUCCUAGUUUCUAGAAGCACUCUUUACAUUCUCUACUCAACUAUUACAUUUGCCUCCUUGGUUCUUUGUGAAGAGUACACUAACUAAAGCAUUUUGUAAUAGUACUUCUUAAACUACUACGGUAAAAAUUGUAGUAAUAAGAAAACUAUCUAGCAUACUUUGACAUGUAAUUGCAACAGAGAUGUUUCAUUGAAAGUCGAUUACUUAGAGAAUCAUUGAAUUGUAAUGGUUGAAUGUUUUGGUAAUCUACAACCAAAUGUGCCAUCCACAUAAUGCUUUCUUUUCUUGCCCUUCUUCUGCUUGUUUGAAUUAAACAAUUAUGUAUUUAAUUCUUAAAGUAAUAUGUAUCUGUAGCUGAUUGACACUAAUACAGACAUUUAAUAAACAUAGCUAAUUAUGGGCGGGUGGGGCUUCCAACACAUAACAUGCAUACGUUUUAUAUAUGCAUAACGGAACAAAAAUUCAGGGUUUACAAACGGUGAUGUGAUUGGUAGUAAGACACACAGAAUGUUAUAUGAAGAAAAUGCUUUUUUCCCUUUUUCUUUACUUUUAACCUUCUUAUGGUUUUAAAUAUAGUCUUGAUGGCACAUUCCUGAAAAUUGAACAUUGAAAAAAAGGGGGGGGGCCUUGAUGAUCCCAGAAACAUGCUUACCCAGCUUUUUGGAUAUUGUAAUAAAAAAGGUAUCAUGUGAAGAUGGAGUAUUGAAUUUAUCCUUAAGAGUCCUAUAGCAUGAUGAAAUGUGGUUAAAUGUCACCAUUUAUAUACUGACCGUGAGAUUUGGGUAGUUUGAUCAGAUCAGCCAAACCAAAUUGCAAUGUUCUUCUUAUAUUUAAAUCUUGAACUCAUGCCAAAUGUAUGGACAGUUGCUUUGUUUGAUUUCUUUGAAUAUAAUACGAACGUUGGGGACCUGCUGCCUGUAGUCAAAGGGCCUCUCGCUGCGGUAGUCUUUCAAGUUCUUUUAACUCAUGUCACCAACGACCAUUGUACCUAAUGGUCUUUUCUAUAUGUAAGUUACCUUCUCAAGAUGAUCAAAAGCCCACCACUCUUGAAUUAGUUCCAAUAGGCUUAGAAUGGGAUUAGACAAUUUCAUGGGAAAGGGGUCUAUUUGCUGCAGUGGCUAAAUGGAGAAUCCAUAUUCCAUCCUUAUGGACACUGGUUGCUUGUGCAAAGGUAGGGGGACAAACCGGUAGCGCAACAUGAUUGCCUUCAAGCCCUUCUUGCAAGCUUCCUGGAGGCAAUCUGGCAAAGAAGAUGCUUGACUAGAUGGACCUUUGGUAGAAUCCAGCAGAGCAGUUGUGACAUUCGUCUGAAUUUUACUGGGACACAGCUCACUGGAGUCACCUUAUAUUCUGGCCCAGAGUAUGUGUGUUAAACGUAUUCAGGCCACAGUAACUUAUUCUGAAGCACUCGCAUUGACGUUGAUAGAAUUUCCCUACAGUUGAAGGAAGGCUGGAUGUUUACAGCCUUAAACUUCAGUGGUGCUAAAUAGACUUGAGUCCCAAGUAUGAUCACUCUCCUUAUGUGCCACAGCUGUGAAUGUGCUCCAUUGCCAAGGGUCAGGAACAAAUAAAUGUUGAAGCCAAACCAGAAAAAUUGCCGCAUUAGCCUGGCAGAAGCUGGUGGCAGACACAUGAGAAUCAGUUGGCAGGGGAUCCUUUUCUCCACGUGGCAAAUUUCUUCCACCAUUUAAUGACUGGAUUAAGCUAUAAAUGCAAUAAGCACUGUAGCGAAAACAAUUUCAGCUCAUCUGAUGUGAAUGUGGGUGAUCUAAUCUUAUGAAUGUCUAAUGUAUUUUGAAUAAGUUCAUGGCCUUUGUACAGAGGUAGAUCCACAGACAUUCAUCAUGGUUUGUUUGCUUUUUUUAAAAAAAAUACUAAUGUUAAAUUGUAUUGCUUUUAAGUACAUUUCAGUUUUUUUCUGUAUUUACCAGAUACAUUCUUUUUGAAUUGCUAUUUUAUAUUUAUUCAAGUUGAAUAGUCUGAGUAAGCACUGUAGUUGAGAAUAUUUAUGAAUGAGUAAGAAUGCAAUGCACCAAAACUUUCUGAUUCAGCCCUAUUGAACUUUGUUGCAACAGUGCUUGUGUAGUUCCUUAUUAAUUAUGUUGAACGCUUACUUUUAAAAAAAAAAAACCCUUUAGAGGUUGGGGUACGGAACUCUACAAAUUACUUGGGUUGAACAGGAUGCAAUAAGUUUUAUACAAUGAGCUGUUGUUCUCCAUGUUGCUUUCUAUUUCAAUACAACAAAAUAUUUGCCUUUGUUGUUAAAAUGCAUUGCUUGAUUGAGCUCUUGAUAGUGAGAUGUGGACCCUUUUUCUUCGAACAAUUGGUAGCUUAAUUUAUCACACCUCAAAUGCAAAAUAAAUAGCUCAGAUUAUUUCUUCCAGUGAGUAACAGCUUGACUUUGUCAACACUAGCUGAUCAAUCUACAAACCGGUUUUAAAUUCUUCCUGGUGCUCCUCACCACUUUGGUAUCAAUCUAAAAAAAAACCAAAUUUGUCCUUUUGCAGGCAUAAAGGUUUGGUGUUUUAAAACCGGCCCUUUUUUUUUUGGUUAAAUGAUAGAAACCAAAAAUUCAUUACAAAACAUUUAAAGUUAUUAAGGUGGCACCUUCUUUUACAAAAAAAAAAAACCAGAGAGAGAGACAGUUUUCACGAUAGUGAAGGAGAGCCCAUUUCAGAUGUUCAGCCAUCGAAGUCGCACAGUCCUUCCAUGCAGUUGCAUCAUCGCAGUUUUCAGAUGUUAAAUUGGUUUUUUGAAGGCUCUCUGUAUUCUCCCUUCAAUAGCAAGUUUCUGUCUGAGAUGUGGGGAUGUUUUCAAACAUAUGAACUCCCCACAUGACAAUGGAGUUUUUUUCCAGCCUCAGGGGACAUGGGAAGCUGUCUUUACCAGUUUUGCUCUGCCUGUUGUUUUGUUUGCUUGUUUGCUUUGGAACAUAGAUAGAUAGACAAAAAAGAGCUAGUGCAGUUACUGCUGGCUUGAUUUGCAGUCGCUUUGUGAUGGAUGGGAGUAUUCCACUUGGCUGUUGGUGAUUCUGAGAGAUGGUUUUGGGGGGGAAGGUUCUUCCUUCCAUCAGCUUUCAGACUGCUUGGCAAGGUGCUGGCUUGGUUUCAAAGAAAAAAGCCGCUGCUCCUGUUAUUAUAUACAAACCUAUUUCUUUAGCAUUUGAACCUGUCCUUGUGACGCAACGAUUCCUUUUUUGACUGUUGCUGAAACAAAGGUAGAGCCUUUAAGAAAAUAAGUUUGCAGCUGCUGUACCAUUGGUGGGGAGCAAUGGAGGUGGAGCUUGAGGCCUCCAAUAGUGGCAAGAGGGAAGCUUAUUCCUAUGCAUCGGCUAUUUUCUGUUUGCGAACUGACAUCGUAUAGCUUAAUUCACUUUACUACACCCAUCUCUUUUUCAUCUUUAUGCUCUUCUUCUUUUCUUGCUUCAGAAUUUUACCAAUGUCAAACAGCUAGGUGUUCUCCCUGGAUGUAAUAACCAUUAUUACACCAGUGAAGGCGGUGAAGGUCCUGUGUGAGUGUCUGGAGGAUGGAUGGCGGCUAAUAGAUUGAGGUUGAAUCCUGACAAGACAGAGGUACUACUUGUGGGGGAGAGGAGGCGGGUCCCUGGUCCUGAAUGGGGUAACUGUGCCCCUGAAGGACCAGGUGCGCAGCCUGGGAGUCAUUUUGGACUCACAGCUGUCCAUGGAGGCACAGGUCAAUUCUGUGUCCAGGGCAGCUGUUUAUCAGCUUCAUUUGGUAUGCAGGGUGAGACCCUACCUGCCCGCAGACUGUCUUGACAGAGUGGUGCAUGCUCUAGUUAUCUCCCGCUUGGACUACUGUAAUGCGCUCUAUUUGGGGCUACCUUUGAAGGUGACCCGGAAACUACAACUAAUCCAGAAUGCAACAGCUAGACUGGUGAUGGGAGCGGCUGCCAAGACCACAUAACACCAGUCUUGAAAGACCUACAUCGGCUCCCAGUACGUUUCCGAGCACAAUUCCAAGUGUUGGUGCUGACCUUUAAAGCCCUAAACUGCCUCGGUCCAGUAUACCUGAAGGAGCAUCUCCACCCCCAUUGUUCAACCCGGACACUGAGGUCCAGUGCUGAGGGCCUUCUGGCGGUUCACUUGCUGCGAGAAGCCAAGUUACAGGGAACCAGGCAGAGGGCCUUCUCGGUAGUGGCACCCGCCCUGUGGAAUGCCCUCCCACCAGAUGUCAAAGAGAACAACAACUACCAGACUUUCAGGAGACAUCUGAAGACAGCCCUGUUUAGGGAAGCUUUUAAUGUUUAAUAGAUUAUUGUAUUUUAAUAUUCUGUUGGAAGCCGCCCAGAGUGGCUGGGGAAACCCAGCCAGAUGGGUGGGGUAUAAAUAAAUAAAUAAAUUUAUUAUUAUUAUUACCCUGUUUCUCAUAUUUUAAGACAUACCCAUAAAAUAAGCCAUAGCAGGAUUUUAAGCAUUCAAGGAAUAUAAGCCAUACCCCGAAAAUAAGACAUAGUGAUAGGCGCAGCAGCAAUGCCAGCCGUGGCAGGAGGAGGAGGAAAAAAACAAGACAUCCCUUGAAAAUAAUCCAUAGUGGGUUUUUUUGAGGAAAAAAUAAAUAUAAGACAUGUCUUAUAAUAUGAGAAACACGGUAUUAUUCCUUAUGCUCACAACUUUAGCAGAGCCUUUAUGCUUUUCUGUAAUCCAGAGUCAGUUGUCACGAGAAGCAAUGUUUAAUGCUAUUGCAAUGUGAUAUUUUAGCUUGGAAGUAAAUCGGCAACUAUGCUGCCGAACGUUUGUUAUCUUGUUUUUGUGCCCUUCAUUUCUAUACCGCUUAAUAUUUUUACGAAUAAAUCUCAAAGCAGCUUAUAAAGCAUUAAAACAACAGAUUAAACAACACAGAACAAAACAUUAGUGAAGAAAGUCAAGUAUGACAUUGCAGUUAGUGAUAUGCAUACUGCAAGCCAUAGUUUGGACUGUAACUAACCAUGGGUUUGCCAGGAGCCUUGGAGCCAGAGAGGUGCCACUUGCUUAACCUUUUGUCAUUUCAGGAAUGUGAAAUAUAUUUUCAUUUAGCAAACGAUCCAGGAUUUAUGCCGGUUUGCAAUAAUAAGGCAUGUGCUUUGGCUCUGUUUCAAACAGGAAUAAUAAUUCAAAGGACUUUGACGCUGGGUAGUUUCAUACCAUCUUUUCAGUACAAGAAAUUGGAGUAUAAGAAUGUCCCAAAAUAAAUACAUGUUGAAAAUUCUGGGGCAACUUUUUGGGGCUGGAUUUGCAACCCAACAACUGAAUUGGACGGAUUAAUAUAUCAGCAUGAUAAAAGAAACAGUAUCUGGUAAUUAGAUUCCUUUCUUUUCCCAAGGAAAUUGCCUUUGUGGGCAACUUUUUACAAUUAACUGCUGGCUUGAAUGAGAGUAUCUUCCAGUUGUAUUUAUUGUCCAUUGACUGUCUUGCCUGAUGUCCCUCUUAUAGUUUUGUAAAUUAAUUUGAUUAUAUUCUCCUUGAUCUUUAUUUAGUUGCUCAUAAAAAUAUUUAAUGGUAUUGUUGAUUUUUCAGAUA